GCCUCCCUUAGAAACACUUAGUUUCAUGUGUGACUCAUAAGCUGAGCACACACCACUUCCCCAAUCUACAGGAGCCAUUUUAACAGCACAGAACUUGCCGGAUUGCUUUUUAGUUUCAAGCCCAGAGGACGAAACCUGAAGACAAAGUUUAAAGGGACAAGAAGACCUAGUGAAUGAUUUCAGAAAACGCACCUGUUUUCUUAGAAUGUCAAUGCAACAAGCAGAUCUGAAGUUCUCCUUUCACCGAAGAGUGUCUUGUCUGCAGUAACGUCACAGACCUGCCUGAGAGACUUUCCCCAAACUCCACUGCACCCUACCUGCUGCUCCAGACUUGAAGCUGCUUGGGACUUUUCUCAUGUGGAUCUAAGGGGAAUGCUUUACUAUGGCUGCUGUUGUCCAACAGAACGACCUAGUGUUUGAAUUUGCAAGUAACGUCAUGGAGGACGAGCAGCAGCUUGGCGAUCCUGCUAUAUUUCCUGCUGUCAUUGUGGAACAUGUUCCUGGUGCUGAUAUUCUCAAUAGUUAUGCUGGUCUAGCUUGUGUGGAAGAGCCUAAUGACAUGAUUACUGAGAGCUCAUUGGAUGUUGCUGAAGAAGAAAUUAUAGACGAUGAUGACGAUGACAUCACCCUUACAGUUGAGGCUUCUUGUCAUAAUGGAGAUGAAACAAUUGAGACCAUAGAGGCUGCUGAGGCACUCCUCAAUAUGGAUUCUCCCAGCCCUCCUAUACUGGAUGAAAAGCAAAUCAAUAAUAAUAUAUUUAGCUCCUCUGAAAAUGAUAUCGUUGCCCCAAUCACCCAUGUGUCCGUCACAUUAGAUGGGAUUCCUGAAGUGAUGGAAACUCAGCAAGUGCAAGAGACAAAUGCAGACUCCCCAGGAGCCUCCUUCCCAGAGCAGCGGAAAAGAAAGAAAGGAAGAAAAACAAAGCCACUACGUCCAGAUUCCCCAACGACUACACCAAAUAUAUCUGUGAAAAAGAAAAAUAAAGAUGGGAAGGGAAACACAAUUUACCUUUGGGAGUUUUUACUGGCUCUGCUUCAGGACAAAGCUACCUGUCCUAAGUACAUCAAAUGGACGCAGCGAGAAAAGGGCAUUUUUAAGCUGGUCGAUUCUAAAGCCGUGUCUAGAUUGUGGGGGAAGCACAAAAACAAACCUGACAUGAACUACGAGACCAUGGGGAGAGCACUCAGGUACUAUUACCAAAGAGGUAUUCUUGCAAAAGUGGAAGGUCAGCGCUUGGUAUAUCAGUUUAAAGAAAUGCCAAAAGAUCUUAUAUACAUAGAUGAUGAGGAUCCAAGUUCCAGCAUAGAGUCUUCGGAUCAGUCCUUAUCGUCAACAACAACAUCAAGUCGGAAUCAAGCAAACCGAUCAAGAGUAUCUUCAAGUCCAGGAAUUAAAGGAGGGGCCGCUACAGUUCUAAAGCCAGGGAAUUCUAAAGCUGCAAAACCCAAAGAUCUGGUGGAAGUUGGACAGCCUUCAGAAGUUCUGAGGACAGUGCAGCCCUCACAGGCUCCCUAUCCUACCCAGCUCUUCCGGACUGUUCAUGUAGUACAGCCCGUGCAAGCUGUCCCAGAAGAGGCAACCAUCGCCAGCACCUUGCAGGAGGAACCAGCAAAUUCUUCAGUUCCAAGUAUUAGGACGAUACAGGCUUCAACCCAGGUUCCAGUAGUGGUGUCUCCUGGCAACCAACAGUUACAUACAGUAACAGUGCCACUCACGACAGUUAUAGCCAGCAUAGACCCAUCAUCAGGUGCAGGGUCUCAGAAAUUUAUUUUACAAACCAUUCCAUCGUCACAGCCCAUGACAGUACUGAAAGAAAACGUCAUGCUACAGUCACAGAAGCAGGGCUCUCCUCCUUCAAUUGUCCUCAGCCCCACCCAAGUACAGCAGGUCCUCACAAGCAAUGUUCAAUCCAUUUGCAAUGGAGCAGUCAGUGUGGCAUCCGCGCCAUCGUUCAGCGCUACGACACCUGUGGUGACUUUCUCUCGGAGUUCACAGCUGGUUGCACACCCACCAGGCACUGUGAUCACUUCUGUUAUCAAAGCUCAGGAAACAAAAACUCUUAAGCAAGAGUUGGAGAAAAAGGCUGAAGAUGACUUGAAUGAAGAUGCUGAGAAAAGUGCCCAGCAGCCCCAGCCUUAUGUGAUGGUGGUAUCCAGUUCAAACAGGUUUUCCUCUCAGGUAGCCAUCAAACAGAAUGAACUGCUAGAGCCCAACUCUUUUUAAUUAAUACACCAAAGGAAUUAUGGGUGGUUAUUUUUUUAAUUGAACUCUUUUUUCAGUUGUCUGACCAUAACGUCAUUUUUUUCUAAGAUGAAAUCCACAGAAGUUCUUAAUUUUAUAACUGUUAAAAACAGUUACUUUGGACUUUGCUAGAUAAGGAGGAGAACCCAGGUGUGUCUCUUUUCUGAAUGUCUCAGAACUUAGUUGUGAAGGAGCAGGAGGUUUAGACGAUGAAGAAAUUCUUGACAUUUUUUUUCAGUUGCUAUAUCAUAUUUUUAAAGUUCCUUUUCUAGCUUGACACUGUACUAGCUUCCUGAAUUGUUUGAAAAUACUACUUAAAUAUAAGACAACAGGAAAUUUAUAUAGGAAACAUUUUCAUUCCACUUGUAUAAUUUAAGUCUUGGCUCUUUCAGAUGCAAGAAACUUAAACUAUUAAGAUUGUUGCGAUGUCACUUAGCUUGACUUUAAACUUGGCUGGACUGUUGUGCUACGAAUAUACUACGAAUUUGUAAACUAACAUUAUAAAUUGAAAUGUAUAUGCCCAGUAUAUUGGCAUAUAUGUGUAAUCCCAGUACUUGGGAGGACAAAGGGCAAUCAGGGGUUCAAGGCCAGCCUUAGCUACAUAGUGACUUUGAAGCCAGCCUGGGCUACAUGAAACCUUCCCCCAAAACACAAAACAACAAAAACAUUUAAGUGUGCCUAUGAUAAUGUCUGAACCUGAGUUUAAGAAAUGUGAUAUUAUAAAGGCAACAGUUGUGACACUUCCACUACCUAAGUGUGUAACCCUGGGCAGGCCACUCCACCUCCUAGGUGUAUAACCCUGGGCAGGCCAUUUCACCUGCUAGUCUGUGCCAUUCUGGUAAAAUGAAGGGAUGCAUUGGACUAGACAAAAUGAUCUACAAGUUUCCUUAAAUUUUAUGAUUUUAUUAUCUGUACUUUAAAAUUAUUUGGCAUAUUACCAGAUUAUUUCCUUAUGUAAAUAUAGGUAAAAUACUGCUUACAAAUAUUUUCCUCACAAAAUUACUAUCAGUAAGGUAAAUUCUUCCUAAGUUUUCUGCUCAUUAAUCCUCAGACCACAGUUACUAAAACUGUGGCUUAGUAGUAAACUGAGGGCUAAAUGACAGACUGCUAUUUUAAGAGCAUCGGGGCUCUGAGGCCAAAGAAGCAACGGGAGUCCUGAGCUAGUAUAGCUGUGUCACUUAUUAUAAAAGCAUAACUGUUUUUUAUUUGGAUCAUUUUUUACUGUGGGUGAAGGGGAAGGGAAGUUGCAUACAAAGAUAUAUAUCCAAGUUUCUGAAAUAGAGUUUUUAGAUUACUUUCAAUGUAAAUAAUGUACAUUUAAUGUCACAAGAAAUUGUUUUCUGCAAAAUCUCUAGUAUAGAAAGUUUUGUAGAAGAAAAACUAUUGUG